AUGUGGACUGAUGUGUGCAACCUCAGCAGCGCUGGCAGGCACGUGGGGCUGCUGAGCACACCUCGCUGUGGCCGGCUGGCCGCUCCUGGGCUCCCUGGCAGCGGGGACAACGUCUGCCCGAGCCGUGGCUGCCUCUGCGUUGGGCAGCAUCAUGUCCACUACGUCAUUCCGUAUGACGGGGAUCAGUCGGUGGUGGACUCCUCGGAGAAUUACUUUGUGACUGACAAUGUAACCAAGCAAGAGAUCGACCUGAUGCUGGGACUUUUGCUGGGCUUUUGUAUAAGCUGGUUUCUGGUGUGGAUGGACGGGGUUCUCCAUUACGCAGUGCGAGCCUGGAGAACCAGCCGACGGUAUGACAAUUCCUGGUCUUGGAUUCCAAAGUUUUGUAACUUUAAGGAGUUCAGAAAACGUCACCACAGGCAGUACGAGGAGGCGACUGGGAACAUGGUGCACAUCAAACAGAAGCUGUACCAUAACGGGCACCCUAGCCCGCGGCACCUCUGA